CGCCGCACAUGCAUCUGACAUUCAAUGGCGGACAGCCUGGUUGAUUCGUCUUCUCCUAAACUCUGCUAAUCUCUUCAACUUUUGCUUUAUUUUCUGACUUUAACAUCAUCCAGCGCUACAAGUGUAUGCAAGGCUCACUAAUCUACCAUUGGAAGAUAUCUGGGGCCAAUUGGUGAGAUUUCGGUGGCGAUUUGUUCUCCUGAGCCCGGGCAUUGUUUUUGAAAACAGCGCGCGCGCGGGCUAUCCAAAUUUUCGCGGGAAAUCGAGGAGAGCUUCGACGACGAUCGGUGAACUUGCCUCUGGUUGAAAAAACCUGCCAGUAUUUACACAAGAUGUCGCAGCAAUCUGCCGUUCUGCAUCUCGAGGAUGGGGCUGUCUACGAAGGGCGGCUGUUUGGAGCACAGAAAAGCAUUGCCGGGGAAGUCGUGUUCCAGACUGGAAUGGUGGGGUACCCAGAAUCCCUCACGGACCCGUCCUACCGCUCCCAGAUCCUGGUCCUGACCUACCCGCUCAUCGGCAACUACGGCAUUCCCGAGGGUGGGGAGGACGAGUACGGGAUCCGCAGGUGGUUUGAGUCGGCAAAGAUCCACGUGUCGGCUCUCAUUGUUGGGGAGUACUCUCAGCAGUACAGCCACUUCAGCGCCCGGAAGUCCCUGUCGGACUGGCUGAAAGAAUACGACAUUCCUGCUAUUGAAGGUAUUGACACCCGUGCCCUGACCAAGAAGAUCCGUGAGAAGGGGACCAUGCUGGGGAAGGUUGUGGUUGGUGGUCAGGAUGUCCCGUUUGAAGACCCCAACCUGAGAAACCUGGUUGCUGAAGUGUCCUACAAAGAGCCUCAGGAGUACAACCCCAAGGGUGAUGUGAAGAUCAUUGUGGUGGACUGUGGGCUGAAGUUCAACCAGCUGCGCUGUCUCUGCAGACGGGGAGCCAAGGCCAAGGUUGUUCCCUGGGACUACCAGUUCAACAGUGAUGAGUAUGAUGGCCUGUUCCUCAGUAACGGUCCUGGCGACCCAUCCAUGGCUACCAAGACCAUACAGAACAUCCAGCGCGUCCUGAACGAACCCAACCCCAAACCUGUGUUUGGCAUCUGCCUGGGGCACCAGCUUCUGUCCAUCGCUAUUGGUGCCAAAACAUACAAGAUGAAGUAUGGCAACCGUGGUCACAACCAGCCGUGCAUCCAUUCCGGUACGGAGCGGUGUUACAUCACCUCCCAGAACCACGGGUUUGCUGUGGACGCCUCCAACCUGCCGCAGGACUGGUCCAUUCUUUUCACCAAUGCCAAUGACAAGACCAAUGAGGGCAUUGUCCACAACACUAAGCCGUUCUACAGUGUCCAGUUCCACCCAGAGAACAUGGCCGGACCGCAGGACCUUGAGUCACUGUUUGAUGUCUUCUUGGAUGUGGUCAGAACACACAAGAAAGGCAUGGGGCAGGCAGGCCCUUGUGUGAAGGAUCGUCUGGUUGACCAUCUUGAGUACAAGGUGCCGCCGUCUGUGCCAGAGUCACGCCCCAGCAAGGUGCUGAUCCUGGGCUCAGGGGGUCUGUCUAUUGGUCAGGCUGGGGAGUUCGACUACUCUGGAUCUCAGGCCAUCAAGGCAUUGAAGGAAGAAGGUAUCCAGACUGUGCUGAUUAACCCAAAUAUUGCAACAGUUCAGACAUCCAAGGGCCUUGCUGACAAGGUCUACUUCCUGCCCAUCAAACCUGACUACGUCACUCAGGUCAUCAAGAGCGAACGUCCCGAUGGAAUUCUGCUGACCUUCGGUGGACAGACAGCCCUGAAUUGUGGCGUGGAGCUGACCAAGCAGGGCGUGCUGGAAAAGUACAACGUGAAGGUCCUCGGUACCCCUGUGUCGUCCAUUGUGAUGACUGAGGACCGUGAGAUCUUUGCCAAGAAGAUGGCAGAAAUCAACGAGUUUGUUGCACCCAGUGAGGCAGCAUACUCUGUAGCCCAGACUGUAGAAGCUGCAGAGCGUUUAGGUUACCCUGUCAUGGUGCGUGCGGCCUACGCCUUGGGCGGUCUGGGUUCAGGGUUUGCCAACAACAAGUCAGAACUGACCAAGCUCGCCACCGCAGCCUUCGCCCACACCAACCAAGUCCUGGUGGACAAGUCGCUCAAGGGCUGGAAGGAGGUGGAGUAUGAGGUAGUCAGGGAUGGAUUCGACAACUGCAUCACGGUUUGUAACAUGGAGAACGUUGACCCUUUGGGUAUCCAUACUGGAGAGUCCAUCGUGGUGGCACCGAGUCAGACGCUGUCCAACAAGGACUACAACAUGCUGAGGACCACGGCUAUCAAGGUCAUCCGCCAUCUGGGGGUGGUGGGAGAGUGUAACAUCCAGUAUGCACUCAACCCCGAGAACGAACAGUUCUACAUCAUUGAGGUGAACGCCCGCCUGUCCAGAAGCUCCGCCCUGGCCAGUAAGGCCACAGGAUACCCCCUGGCGUAUGUGGCGGCUAAGCUUGCCCUGGGGAUCCCCCUCCCUGAGCUGAAGAACUCUGUGACCGGCUGCACCACGGCUAACUUUGAGCCCAGUCUGGACUACUGUGUGGUCAAGAUCCCACGCUGGGAUCUCAGGAAGUUCAACCGAGUCAGCAAGAAUAUCGGUAGCUCCAUGAAGAGUGUUGGUGAGGUGAUGGCUGUGGGCAGGCGGUUUGAGGAAGCCUUCCAGAAGGCUCUGCGUAUGAUGGACGAAAACUGCCUCGGCUUUGACACAAACCACAGCCAGAUAGAGAUGGAACUGUCAGAUCUAGACAAGGAGCUGGUCAGUCCCACAGACCAGAGGAUCUUUGUGGUGGCCAAGGCCAUCGCAGCCGGCUACACCAUCGACCGCUUGUACGACCUGACUCGCAUCGACAAGUGGUUCCUCUACAAGUUCAAGAACAUCGUGGACUGUGCCCAGACAAUGGAAAAGUUCUGCACGAAGGCCAAUAUGCUGGACAAGGACAACCUGCUCAGAGCCAAACAGCUAGGGUACUGUGACAAGCAGAUCGCUGCCUGUAUUGAAAGCACUGAGCUGGCUGUGAGGAAGGCCCGACAACAGUACGGUGUUGUACCAAGCAUCAAACAGAUAGACACCGUGGCUGCAGAAUGGCCCGCCUCUACAAAUUACCUGUACCUGACCUACAACGGCUCCUCCCACGACCUGGACUUCCCUGGCGGUUACAUCAUGGUAAUCGGGUCAGGCGUGUACCGCAUCGGGAGCUCUGUGGAGUUCGACUGGUGUGCUGUGGGCUGUAUUCGAGAGCUCAGGAAGCUCGGGUUCAAAACCAUCAUGGUGAACUACAACCCUGAGACAGUCAGCACAGACUACGACAUGUGUGACAGGCUCUACUUUGACGAGAUCACAUUUGAGACUGUGAUGGACAUCUAUGAGUUUGAGGACCCAGAAGGCAUCAUCCUGUGUAUGGGAGGGCAGCUCCCCAACAACAUUGCCAUGGACCUGCACAGGCAACAGGCCCGAAUCCUGGGUACAUCACCGGAGGGCAUUGACAAUGCAGAGAACAGGUUCAAGUUCUCCCGCAUGCUGGACAACAUCGGCAUCGAACAGCCCCAGUGGAAGGAACUGACAGACAUGGACACUGCUCGGGAGUUCUGUGAGAAGGUGGGGUACCCGUGCCUGGUGCGGCCGUCCUACGUCCUGAGCGGUGCUGCCAUGAACGUGGCUCACUCCGCACACGAGCUGGAGGACUACCUGAACAACGCUGUGUCCUUCUCCAGGGAGCACCCUGUCGUCAUCUCCAAGUUCAUCCUGGAGGCCAAGGAAAUUGACGUGGAUGCUGUUGCCAGAGAUGGAGAAGUCCUGGCCAUCGCUGUAUCAGAACAUGUGGAGAAUGCAGGAGUCCACUCUGGUGAUGCCACACUGGUGACCCCACCUCAGGACUUGAAUGAAGAGACACUGCGUAAGAUCCAUGCCAUCGUGCUUGCCAUCGGCCGAGAGCUGGAGGUGACUGGACCAUACAACAUGCAGCUCAUUGCAAAGGACAACCAGCUGAAGGUGAUUGAGUGCAACCUCCGCGUGUCACGCUCCUUCCCCUUCGUCUCCAAGACCCUCGGACACGACUUCAUCGCCAUGGCAACCCAGGUCAUCAUGAACCAGAUGGUGGAGCCGGUCGAGCUAAACGGGAACGGAAAAGUCGGCGUGAAGGUUCCCCAGUUCUCGUUCUCCCGGCUGGCCGGCGCUGACGCCCUGCUGGGAGUGGAGAUGGCCAGUACGGGCGAGGUGGCGUGCUUCGGAGAUAACCGCUACGAUGCGUACCUGAAGGCCAUGCUGAGCACCGGCUUCCGCAUCCCCCGCAAGAACAUCCUGCUGUCCAUCGGCAGCUACAAGAACAAGAACGAGCUCCUGCCUGCAGUCCGGACCCUGGAGAACCUGAAGUACAAGCUGUUUGCCAGUAUGGGUACGGCUGACUUCUACAGUGAGCAUGGGAUACAGAUCACCCCCAUUGAGUGGCCGUUUGAAGAUGGAGAGGAACCCCUCAGUGCGAAGGGGGAGAAGGAGCCCAACAUUGCUGACUACCUGACCGAUAACAUGUUUGAUCUGGUCAUCAACCUGCCCAUGAGGAGCGGCGGGUAUCGGCGCGUGUCGUCCUUCGUCACGCAGGGCUACCGCACGCGGCGCAUGGCCGUGGACUUCUCCGUACCGCUCAUCACGGAUGUGAAGUGUGCAAAGAUGUUUGUGGAGGCGCUGCGUAAGGUUGGUGGAAGACCUCAGAUGAAAACACACAUCGACUGUAUGACCUCCCAGAAGCUGGUCAAGCUACCAGGUCUGAUUGACAUCCAUGUCCACGUGAGGGAGCCAGGUGCGACUCACAAGGAGGACUUCUCCUCGUGCACGGCAGCAGCCCUGGCUGGCGGAGUGACCAUGAUCCUCUGCAUGCCCAACACGUCUCCACCAACCACCGACCAGGCUUCUCUUGCUCUCACGCAGAAGCUGGCCCGACUGAAUGCCAGGUGUGACUACGGUCUGUACGUGGGCGCGGGAACAGACAAUGCUGACUUGCUGCCGCCGCUGGGCAACUCUGCCAUCGCCAUGAAGAUGUACCUGAACAACACGUAUGGCCCCCUGAAGCUGGAUGACAUCACAGUGUGGAUGCAGCAUUUUGAGAAGUGGCCGAAGCACCUGCCCAUCGUGUGCCAUGCCGAGGGCCAGACCAUGGCUGCUGCCCUCCUCAUGGCCGAGUUCUACAAGCGGUCCAUCCACAUCGCACAUGUGGCCAAGAGGGAGGAGAUCGUGGUGAUCCGCCAAGCCAAAGACCGAGGAAUGCAGGUGACCUGUGAGGUGUGCCCCCACCACCUGUUCCUGACCCAGGAUGACCUGGAGGCCAUAGGUCAUGCCAGGGGUCAGGUCAAGCCCCCCAUCCAGACCAAGGAGGACCAAGAUGCUUUGUGGGAAAACAUGGACAUCAUCGACUGCUUUGCAACUGACCAUGCUCCCCACAGUGUGGAGGAGAAGGAGGGACCCAAGCCGCCCCCAGGCUACCCCGGGCUGGAGACCAUGCUGCCGCUCCUGCUGACCGCUGUUACUGAUGGUCGCAUCACCAUGGAAGAUCUGAUUGCCAAACUGUACCACAAUCCUCGGCGAAUCUUCAACCUGCCGGAGCAGAAGGACACCUACAUCGAGGUGGACAUGGACUCAGAGUGGACCAUUCCCAAGUACAUGAAGUUCACCAAGUCCAAGUGGACGCCCUUCGCUGGGAUGAAGGUCCGCGGGGCCAUCCGGAGGGUGGUGCUGCGAGGAGAGGUGGCCUAUGUGGAUGGACAGGUGUUAGUACCUCCAGGGUUCGGCCAGGAUGUGCGCACAGAGACUGAUGCAGUAGUGUUUGCCAAACCCAUAGGUCCUGCUCCAAAGAAAGGUGUGAAGGGAGUCGCUGGGACAGAAAAGCUGGUCCCACUUGCGGACUCCACUCUUGUCAAUCUUACAGAAAACCAGCCAGUACCAGUGCCUGUGCCACACAUCGCAGGAGGAGAGCCCGCCCCGCCCACUGUCCUGUCUGCUCCCCCCAGCCCUCGCAAGAUCCAGCCACAGCGGGAGCAGUUCCAACUCCCCCCACGGGUUCGCAGGAUGUCCGAGCGCGAGAUGCAUACAGAGGGCACCCCUCCCUCGGCAGAGACCCAGAUCGUGGGUGUGCGUGGGAUCAGCAUGACGCCCCCCUCUGUGGGCAGCACCCCCCAGCCCAUCCCCCUCCCCAUCAGCAGCUCCACACACGGCUUCGUCGGCCUGCACGUCCUGACCGCAACCAGGUUCAACAAGGAGCAGCUGCACCACCUGUUCAACGUGGCCCAUAACAUGCGGACCAUGGUACAGAAGGACAGGCCACUGGACGGCCUGCUCAAGGGCAAGGUGAUGGCAAGUCUGUUCUACGAGGUCAGCACCCGCACCAGCAGCUCCUUCACGGCCGCCAUGCAGCGUCUGGGCGGGACGGUCAUCCAGCUGGACGAGAGCAGCUCCUCACACCAGAAGGGAGAGUCUCUGUCAGACACGGUGCAGGUGAUGUGUGGCUACAGUGACGUGGUUGUCAUCAGGCACCCCAAGCCUGGAGCACUGGAGGUUGCCUCCAGGAACUGUCGUAAGCCCAUCAUCAAUGCAGGUGACGGCACAGGUGAACACCCCACCCAGGCCCUGCUGGAUGUCUUCACCAUCAGGGAGGAACUCGGAACUGUCAACGGCAUGACGGUGACGAUGGUAGGAGACCUGAAGCACGGCCGUACUGUCCACUCCCUGGCCAGGCUCCUCACCCUGUACAGGGUCAACCUGUGCUACGUCGCACCCAAAGGUCUGGAGAUGCCACAGGAGGUCGUGGACUAUGUCGCUGCCAGGGGCAUUCCACAGUCCACCUACAGUAGUCUGGAGGACGCCCUUCCUGAGACAGACGUGCUCUACAUGACCCGCAUACAGAAGGAGAGGUUUGCCACUCCAGAGGAGUAUGAGAGGAGCUGCGGCCAGUUUGUGGUGACACCUCACACCAUGACUAAGGCUAAGAAGAAGAUGGUCCUGAUGCACCCUCUACCCAGGGUGUUUGAAAUCAGCCCUGAAGUGGACACAGACCCGCGUGCUGCGUACUUCCGCCAGGCAGAGUGCGGCAUGUACGUCAGGAUGGCGCUCCUCGCACUGGUGCUGGGUCGGGUCUGAUCCAACUGAACUAUUCACGCCGUUUUUGUGACCUCACGUCAGCCUCUCUCCAAAGCACACAAGUUGUCCAAUAUUCCAAUACUAUUUUUCUAGUAUACUAUAUUCAAGGACUGCCAAGUUCCAACAGUAACUGUCAAGAUUAUACUCACAUUUCAACCCAUUAAUGUCUUAAGAUUGCCAAACAUGAUACUUCAGGACACUUAAAUGUUAUGUCGACUAUUUUAUUUAUCCAGUGUUUUUCCUAUUGGAGCUGAGAUUUAUUCUUCUUUCUUUACUUCCAAGUGAAAUAUUGUCUCUAUACAUUUAUCAUAUAUAAACAUUCAAAAAAAGUUUUAUGAACUACAGUUGUAUGUAGCUGAGUAUUGGGUGAGUUUACUUGUUAUUUCACCUUUAUGAAGGACUUGUCUGAGUGUUGAAUGUUUAUAGACUAAAUGUUGGAUCAAGGGAGAAGUUUGUGUUAAACACAUUCCAGAUGGAGACCAAGUGUUGCUUACAAUGUGCCAUACAGGAGCUGAAUGUUGGUUCUACAUGCUCAUUGUAGAGUCUCUCUAUUGAAGUAAUUUUUACAAGCCUACAUAAAAGACCUUUCAAACGGCAAAGCAAUUCUGUCCUGUCAAUGUAACUAAAAGAAAUGCACCCAUCCUUGUGAAAGUCAAUGUGUUUGUGCAUAGGACAGCCGGUUGUCAGAUAGAGCACAAAUGAAGCCACUUGUGCCUGAGUUGGGAAACAUCUACAUGUACAUGUACGUUGAUAUUUGGUGUAUUCAUCAACUAGACCAAAGGCCUUCAGACCUUUCACUAUUGUACUUAACCUUUCCUCCUCCAAAAAAUCAUGUGGUACUGGCUUUUUUGCUGAAAUGAUACUGUACUUAUGUACUGAACAGAAUGUGUAAGAAUCUCUGCACCAGUGGACACAAUCAAUGUACUUCAGGAUUUAAAUUUGUUUAAGACAAGGUAAAGGACUUCAAUUUCACGAGUGCAUGUGUAGUUAGAAACAUUGUUAUCCACGCAUUAAUUAUUAUGUAGAAUACUGUAUGAGUAAAUAUAAUAUUGAGGAUGAAUUUGAGAUUGAUCUGAUUUGGAAGGAUGCAACAUCUUGACAAGUAGCAAAAAAGG